AUGCCGUUUUUCCGAGUAUGUCUCCGCGCGGAAACGGAAGGGGUUCUUUCUAUUCGACCCGCUCGGCCUCGCGUUUGGGGGAUGAAGUUUGAGUGCGACAGCUGUCGGGAGACCAGCCCUCAUUUUGUCUACGUGGACGAGGCGGAGGAGCGUGACAGCGGUGGCGGCGGCACGCGAAACGCAGUCUUCAAAUGCGCCUUCUGCAAGGGAGUCCUGACGGCGUCCAUUGACCCGGAGAGCUACGGCCGGUUCACCCCGGACGGCGACAACGGCCUGCUGCUGGUCGAGGUGCGGGGCGGGUCCCCGAAGGAACUCGAGCUGGACGGCAACUGGGUCGUCGAGGCGGAGGGGUCGUCGUUUGAUGGGGUGGACCUGAGCGAGGAUUGGAUGGAGUACGACGAGGCGUCCGGCGCAGUGGUCAGCGUGUCCGGCGUUUCUGUCGUUUUUGAGCGGGCGAAGAAGAAAAAACAGCACGAAGGGAACGCGUGA